GUAUACACAUUCGCCGAAUCGUAACGUCACGUGACUUUCGAGCUAUUUAGAAUCGCGAAACGAAAAAUAAUUUCAUUCGAUCUAUCACCUCUAUCGGAAUAGAACGGUAGUAUUUACCAUGCAAACAGAAGGAGAAUUCCCGUAUAUCAACAUCUACUUGUCAAUGUGUCAGAGCAUCUCCGGUUGUUCGGACACAGAGGACAGCUUACAGAACAGAGACCAAAAGGUGCCACAGGGUCCAUUCAUGACGAGCCAAAGUGAUAUAAUGAUGUCUAGCUUUGACAACAUACUUGUUGACGAUCUGGGUAUGCUGGAGCCAGUGUCGGAAGUUUGCAUUAACACACCUGCCUCGCACGACCAAGUUUGUGUUCCAGACAGCCCAAAAAGUUUCACUGAUUUAGACACACAAUUUUAUCCCGAACAUGUGCAUAUAAAACAGGAGAAACAAGAGCCAAUGGACUUUCCUCCUUGUGAACAAUUAAGAUCUGAACAACAUAUGAGUGCGCAUGUACCGCCACACCAGCUUCAUCAGCAAAACAGCAUGCUGUUGAAGGAUGACGAAUCACUCUCCCGACUUGUUUUUGGUGUGAUGAAGCAGGAUAUUGAACACAUAUGUGGAAUCCUCAGAAUCAAUCAAAAUCCCCGAUAUUGGAGUCAGGAUGACGUCAGGAAGUGGCUGCAGUGGCAGGCACAGGAGUACUGUCCAAAUGCCAUUGAUGUCAAUGUAUUUAAAAUGAACGGAAUCGACUUCUGCAACCUUACACAAGAAGACUUCAAAAUAAGAACUCCAGCAGCUUGGUCGAACAUUUACCAUCAACUCGAAAUUUGGAAAAGUGCAUGUACAUUAGAUACACCGUGUAUGUCGCAGACGACAGAUUUCAACUGUAAUCAGAGGUUUUAUCCUGACUUUGAGCGGAUCCCUAUUCCUGCUAUGUCGCCUUCACCAAGUGUGUCUAGUGACGACAGCGAUGAAAGGAGUGACAAUGACGAGUUCUCAAACAUCUGCGGUGUAACAUCACCUUGCCUUCCCGCCGAAACUGAACACAAGCAGACGAUACAUCUGUGGCAGUUUUUGAAAGAGUUACUUCUUCAUCCGGACAAUUUUUCAAACUGCAUUAAAUGGGUCAGUCAAAAGGAAGGGAUCUUCAAAAUAGAGGAUUCAUCACGAGUAGCAAAACUAUGGGGGAAAAGGAAAAACCGUCCAGCUAUGAACUAUGACAAACUUAGCCGGUCCAUCCGACAAUACUACAAGAAGGGAAUCAUCAAGAAGACGACACACUCUAAAAGGCUUGUGUACCAGUUCUGCCAGCCUUACCUGUGAGAGUACGUCAGGGUACAUCAUGCAUUUUGACGACAGCACCCAUUGUCGUCUGUCACGUGAAUGUACGUGACCAUUUCCGACGAUAGCAUGUCAGAUCAAACAUUAAGAACUAUCUCGGUUGACUGAGGUUGAGGGGAUACCCAUGACAUUGAUUUGACAAGGUCAUCGCGAACAAGUCAUCGGCCCACCAUGGGCUUGCCGAGCCUGAGGUGCUUGGUGUUCUUGAAUUUGAGUAUAAAGCAUCUACACGUUGAACAUUGUAGAUCGACUACAGUACAAAUAGACACAAGAACCACGAUAUGGAAAGGAAAUCCGAUUUUGUAUAUUUCUGUCCAUUUACACUUGUUUUCUGGUCCUUUUAGCGGUUACGAGUGACCAAAAUGUUAACUUCUGGUGUAUAUAUUGAUAUACUUCUCUUAUUCAAAUGCAUUUGCAAAAAUAUUCAACAAAUCAUAUUUUUCUAUUGCUAUCCUUUAUAACAAACAACGCACGAUCAGCAGACGCAUUUUGGAAGAGAAAAGUUUAAAUAAAAUGUUUUUCUUUGCUCCGGGAAGCAAUUUUCCUAUUAUGAGCAUUCUUAAUAUAAUGAGAUACAGUGUUUUAAGAAAUUAUUUUGCUUAUGAUCUGUUUUUUUUUUUAUUAUUAUUACUUUUUUAAAAAGUUUGUUACUGUUAAAUGGCUUCCACUAUGUAUUGCAAAAUGGCUAAGAUAUAAGAUAAGGGUGUAUAUAAUAAUCGACACAAGUUUCAUUCAUCAUUUGCAAACGAAUAUAGUGUACAUAGCACAUUAUAUUUUAUGUCAUCACUGAAAGAGCCACAUGCUUGGGUCCAGGAAAGGUUUGAAAGUGUUUUGGGCGAAAGUGUUUCCUGAGAGAAUUUGUUGAAAACCGAGCUGGUGCUUGGUAAUAAGUAUGCCGUUGUAAAUUGUGGAUUGGAUAAUUGUGAUAGUAUUCAAAAAUGAGCUAAAAAGCGAAUGACUGAGAAAAUGAGUUGCCAUAGAAACCGGUUUGCCCAUUAAGUGUCAAUGUAUGGAAGGUGAUUUAUAUACGCGGGCGUAUGUAAAACGAUGGAGACGAUGCAUCAGAAUGUGUGAAUGAGAGAAUAAUUAAGUUUUGGAAUGAUUCUUGGGCGAGAAAAUGAUUCUUUUAAGCAAUUAUGUGAUAUUUGAUUUUUGUACACAAAAUAUAUAUGAUAUAGUUUUAUAAUUAUAUAAAAAUGAAUCAAACAUUA